CACUAUUCUUCUCUAUGACAAGAGAUCUUUUUUCUCGCUGCGUGUACGAAGUGAUGAAUACCACCAAAAAUUGGUAAAUCAUUCUGGGACCACCGGCGUCUGGAUGUUUUCUAAGGAUUACCGGCGUGGUCGUUACCAUGCCGGGAGUCUCUGUUAUUGUUAACCUUAACCCGAUCUUCUUGCGCUUGUAGGUCUUGUUUGUCUUCUCCUUGGUCUUUAUUGGGAGCGCAUCAACACCAAUUUUUACUUGUUCUGGAAGUUGUCAUCAUUCAUUUCCGUCGCUUCUUCACUCACUUUAACUCUCCCCCUCCUCUUUUUCACACUCUCUACCCUCCAGCCACGUCCUCACUUUGAAAGUGAGGACGCUCCAUCACAGCCAUGUCCUCCAAUCGCAUCUGCCAUCAUUCCAAGAAGCAUUUUGAGAGUAGAGUAGAUGAGCUCGUGCGCAAGUACACCCAGGUCUCUGAACCUAGCCCGGCCCUCAAGCACAUUCUCAGAGACAGAGACGAGUCGGCUCUCAUCAUCCAGGCCAUCCGUCGCCAGGUCGCGCUGAUCAGAUGUCGCUCUCAAGCCCCCGAGAAUGACCAGAUCACCAUCUAUGACAGAGCGUUACUGGUCCUCACCCGGUACGGAGAAGAUCCUCGAGAACUCGGAGCUCUUGAACUCUACAUGACCGAAUUUCUCGGGGUCGUUCCGAUUUUCCCUGAAUCGCAGAGCAAAGAUAUCCUCUCCCAGCAUGUUGAGUUGCAGUCUAUUGUGAAUAGAGAAACCCGUCUCCCUCGCAACCAACAGCCCCAGCAGGAAUUGAGCGACCGUGGCGUGCGUGCCACCGAAAACAUCGAUCCCAACGAGCAUCGUAUCGACCACUACAUCCCACGGCGAAGCUACGCCUCCCACGCGUCCGACAGUCAGGGGGUUCGUGACCAGGCUGAGAAAAUAGUGGAGGCGUUUUACAAAGCCAGGCGUGACUACUUUGAAGAACUACAAACUGAUGGCUUCGCUUCCAUGACCGCCAUUCGGUUCCUUCGGGAUACAGCUGAGAAUGCCCUUCUGUACCUCCGCCAGAACGCGAUGAUGGACCACGUCGCUGUUGGGGAUUUGCAGAGGAACUUCGCCCUUGCCAGAGAUAAGGCAGCUGAGCUCUGUGGAGGUCGAAAGCGCCACUUUGACGACAACCAGGGCAGACCCACACACAAGCGAUACCGUCGAGUUACGGUUGAUUCAUAUCGUCCUUCGGAAUAUCGGUCUUAGUAGUGUCCGUAUUAGUGCCCAGGACGCUUGAAUUUGGGUCGGGUCGGGUCGGGGAUAGGCUGUGGCUAGGGUACAUGGAACAGUUGUUUUCCUGAAGUGACUCCAUUCUCAAUGUAUUGUAAUAUGGAAUGAUUGCACUGAACUUUUUGCACUUAACAAAUACCCGCG